CAGGUCACUACAGCACGUACUGGUGGAGUUGACGGAGGAGAAAGAGAAGGUGGACGAAGUUUGUAUGAGGAGACACAGACGAUGGAGCCUCUCCCUCCAACUAGACAGACUCCACAAGGACACUGAGAAGGUCUUUGUACAUUCACCAGACUCUACACCUGUAGCAUUGCCGACCGUUGUGUUUGUGACGGCGGUGGAGUUGUGGUGUACCAAGGAGGAGGGGAAGGAGUGGGUGCCGGCUGCCAACACUGUGGAUGCUCAGCUCCAGCUGGACUCUGUCCAGAGCCAGUACAACCAGCUCAUUGAGACCAGUGACACCCUACUGGCUGGGGGUAAGACCAUUGCCAUGGAAACUGAGCAGCUGGACUCUGUCAUGUUUGGUUCGACCCAAGGCCCCGCCCACCCUGUCACCACGACGAUAUCGGGUCUGGAGUCAAAGCUAUUCUAUUCUCACGUAUAUUUUGUCACUCUUGUUUUUUCGGAGAGCAUGAGUCUAGAUGUGUUUCUUAAUGACAUCCCGCACACUAGCCGUCCUAAAAGUGGCACAUUUUCACCGAUAUUCUCAUUAUGAUGGCGUUAAUCAUCUCGAUGUAUGUGACAGGCAGCAUAUUUUUACCAGAUAAGGAUAGAGACCCAGUUGUACAAGGUGGAUUUGUCAUUAACCCUCGGCGCGCAUGCGCAGCGAGGGUUACAGUAGUUGUCCCGUAAGUGUGUCAGUCUGUCUGUCUGUCUGUUACCAUGUUUUCUGCCACCGCGCGCACGAAAUCAGGUAAAUAGCGAUAUGAUCGGGUUCAGUGCUACACUGGGUUGAUUUCAAAAAAGGCGAUUUUCGUAAAACUACUGUGUUUUAAAGUUAUGGUGUGAAAACCAAGUGAACAACAAGCCAAUAUGUAAAUUGGCAAAGGCUUACCCCAACCGCGUCCGUUCAUUCUGUGUGUCUUGAAGGCAGAACAAGUCACAACGAAGGGCAUG